UGACAUCAUCAUGAGAGGCACAAAGCGUUUUGCUGCGUCGGACCCCAACCCCGAUAGCAACGAAACCACCUUCCAGAGUAAAAGAAUAAUGGAGGGAUCUCCUUUUGGAUUUCAUAGGGCAGAACCAUCCCAACCACCUGUGGAUACAACACAGCCAUUGGAUACGAAACGGGCUGAGUCAUCACAGCAGCAUGUGAGAGCUCUAAACACUCAGUUUGCAAGCUGGAUUCAAAGUCAACUGAAGAAUCAUCCUGAUGAUCUUUGGGAAGAUGGUGUGAGAGAUUACUUGACUCAUGCUUCCAGCAUAAUGGAAAAAUUCAGUGACGUUGUCAACUGGAUCAAAUCAAAUGCUGUCAAGGGAGAGAAUUUGCCUCCUAACACAAAUUUCCAUGCUGCAAAGAAAUCAUUUCCUGAAGUGGCCAGAAAAGAAAAUAACAUAUUUGGUCAGAAAACAGUGUUCCCUCCUGUUAGCACUGCGACAAGUUCUACAAUUUCAUGGAACCCUACUGGAAUAUUCUCCAACAAUCAAACCCCCGUUUUAUUUGGGAAUCAAAGUUCAGCUCUCUCUAAAGGUGAUGCUUCUGAUGAUGUAGAUGAAGAUGAAUUGCAGCAGCCUAGCAGCCCAUCUGUGAAGAAGUCAGAAGAGAAGGGAGUAGUAGUUGUGCAUGAAGUGAAGUGCAAGCUUUACGUGAAGUCAACCGAUCCGGAGGAUAAGGAUGCAUGGAAAGAUAGAGGAAUGGGGCAAUUGUCGAUUAAAUGCAAAGAUGGCUUUAGCAAGGCUACCAAAGAUUCCAAACCAACUAUUGUUGUUAGAAAUGAGGUCGGAAAAAUCCUUCUCAAUGCUUUGCUCUAUCCAGGCAUUAAGACAAAUCAUCAGAAGAACUCACUUGUUGCAAUAUUCCAUACUUCGGAUAACGUGGAUGGGAGUGACGGAGAUAAAGAGAGUGUUGUAGCCCGAACAUUCUUGAUCCGGAUGAAAACAGAAGAAGAUAGAAAUAAAUUGGCAUCAGUCAUUCAAGAAUAUGCCCCUGAAUCUUGAGAUGAAAAGAUACAUUGGGAUGAAAUAUUGUCUUCCCUUGAGCCUAUGCCCCUGAAUCUUGAGGUGAAAAGAGACAUUGGGAUCAAAUAUUGUCUUCCGUUGAGCCUUUUACCGUAAUGUUAUAAUAGUGGAUUGAGCUCCCAUUUUCGCCCUUACAAAAAUCUAAUUUUGUUUUUUCCUCUUUUCUGGAAGCUUCAUUCUCAUUAUCAAAGAUCCUUUGUUACAAAACCAACGUGAUUUGGAAGAUGCUACAUAAGUACCAUAAUUUUUUCCCUA